AUGGCGGACCGCAAGGCAACCAACAAGUACUACCCCCCAGACUGGGACCCCUCCAAGGGUUCCAUCAACAGCUAUGUCGGACAACACCCCCUUCGCGACAGAGCACGGAAGCUGGACCAAGGAAUCCUCAUUGUCCGUUUUGAACUGCCCUACAACAUCUGGUGCAAUGGAUGCAACAACCCCAUCGGGAUGGGCGUACGAUAUAAUGCCGAAAAGAAGAAGAUCGGCAAUUACUACUCGUCACCGAUCCUCAGCUUCCGGAUGAAAUGCCACCUCUGCGACAACUGGUUCGAGAUCCAAACCGACCCCAAGAAUGCAGCGUAUGUCGUAACAGCAGGAGCAAGGAAAAAGGUCGAGGACUUUGACGCCGCCGACAACGAGACCCUGGAGAUCGACACGCCCGAGGAAUUCGAGCGGAGAGCCAACGACAAAUUCGCAAGGCUUGAGCAUGUCCAGCGGGAUGCCCUCAAGGCAAAAUCAGAGGCGACCGUCCUCACCCGUCUACAACGCCUGAAUGACCGGCAAUGGAGUGACCCCUAUGCCCUCUCACAAAAGCUCCGCAAAGAGUUCAGA